CAACCUACCACAGCUGUACCGGUGAUGGCUGAGUUGGGCUUUAAUUCUACAGUAAAAGACACUCCAGAUAGCUCUCAAAAUGCCGUGAUUGGGCUCACAGUUGCUUUGUGCCUGUCAUUGGCUGUCGUCGUUGGUUUGGUUAUUGCUGUCUGCAAGAUAUCGAUGAGGAAACCUAGACAAAAGAAUGACAUCGAGUUGCAGAACGAGACGAGGGUCAGGGAAAAUAAAGGAUCUAAGGGAGAACCCCAAGAGACGUGUUUGGACUCCGAAGUCACUAUCCCACUCAAAGGAGAGAACGGACAUGUGUGUAACUUAAAGAAACAAGCCAAUCGUACGUAAUCAUAUGGAAAUGUCGAUAUAAAAUUGACGGUAUUUGGGAAAUCCCUCUUUGUGAGAUACUGAUUUUCCUCACAGAUUCCCAAUUGUUCUAAAAACUUGUGAGAUAUUAGUUUUGAUUCUAAGUAAUUCUUUCGUAUAAUAGCCUGCAAAAUACACUGCAUUUUCAAACCAGAUUUUGUGAAAUUUGGAUGAAAUUUGGGCCCUAAAAGCGCUCUAUUUUGCAAAGGAGGGUAAAUGCC